GACUUGCGAUUUAUCUCAUCCUAAGGCGCUCUGGGUCGUCACAUAAGCGUCCAUUCUGAAAGUAAUUUGGUAUUUGAGCUUCCUGAACUAUAAUGACACUCUCACUCAGUGCGGAUCCAGUAGCGUCCGUGUAUAGUAUGACAGAGGUUUGCAAUAAAGGCGAGGUUGAGAUUUGGGUUACCGGUGAAUGUGUUAGGUACUUGCAACAGCCGAUGUCUUCGGUGUUUUGGAGAACUUGUCUGCACGUUGCCCGACGUCUUUGGAUUGGCGGGGGAGCGUUCGUCGUUGUAAAGAUCACUCUGAUUCACUCACGCGCGAGUACGGCCCUGUUUCCACUUCUUACUACCUUCAGACAGAAAUUGGCUUCUGGGGAGUUCCUUGACCUUACUGACUCCAUGCACAGGAUCAUGAUGUACUGGCCGCGGUACCGCAGUGGUUGGUCUGGGUCAACGAUGAUAUUACCAUGACGGCUUCGAUCUCCGCUGUUCUUUGAAUGCCGGUGUUUUUGCAUCUCCAAUCAGGCCUCAUACUAGUACAGUAAAAGAAGGAAUGUCCAUCUUUGUCUAACUUGA